UUGACAAAUUCCAAUUGGAAUGCAGCAGAAGCAGUAAAAAAUUUACAAAUUGCAAUAAUAAACAAAUUUUUACAAAUAAAAGCAAUAUCGCGUACAUAUAUUCAGCGAAAAUUUGUUAAAAACUAUGUCUGCGGUGGAGUCCAAUAUAACGGAACAGUUGGACAAUGAAGAGGUACGUGAAAUACUCAAAAAUACAACAGACCUGCGGCAGUAUUCGCGUCAAAUUGAAAAGGAAUUUAAAGAUGUAGAAAACAAGUCCAUUGAAGACUACAUUGCAGAAUCUCAAAACAUAGCUAGUCUACAUAAUCAGAUUGGUGAAUGUGAUGAUGUGUUGGAGCGCAUGGAAACGAUGUUAAUGAAUUUCCAAAGCGUACUCAGCAAUAUAAGCAGUGAAAUAACACAGCUGCAAAAAAAGUCGGUGGCAAUGUCGGUGCAGCUAACAAAUCGACAAUCGGUGAAGGCGCAACUAUCACAAUUUAUAGAGGAUAUGGCCGUAUCAGAGGAGAUGAUUGCAAUUAUAAUGGAAACACCUGUGACGGAAAAGGACUUUGGCACACAACUGAAUGUGUUGAAUCAUAAACUUUCACUAGUAAAAGAGUUGAGCUUCAAAGAGUCCAAAGCCACGGGAGACGUUAGUGAAGUUUUGCAUAAAUUGCGUUUGAAGGCAAUGUCAAAGAUAAGAACCUACUUGUUAGAACAAAUAUACAAAUUCCGCAAACCAAUGACAAAUUAUCAAAUUCCACAAAAUGCCAUGUUGAAGCAUAAAUUCUUUUUCGAAUUUAUACUGUCGAAUGAGAGGCAAGUGGCGCAAGAAAUUUGCAGUGAAUACAUCGAUACGAUGAGUAAAAUUUAUUACAGCUAUUUCAAGAGUUAUUCCUCACGUUUGACUAGUUUGAAAUUUGAGGAGUCCUGCACAAAAGAUGAUCUUAUGGGUAUAGAGGAUAAUGUCUCAAAAGGAUUAUUCUCUAAAACGACAAGUUUGAAACAUAAAAGCACAAUCUUUACAAUUGGUAAACGCGGCGAAAUACUUAACCAGCAAUUGGAAGCACCUAUAAUCGUGCCACAUGCGCAGCUGAAAAAUAGAUAUACCUUCGAAGCUUUAUUCCGUUCCGAGCAAUAUGCGCUCGUGGACAAUGCUUGUCGUGAGUAUUUAUUUGUUACGGAAUUCUUUAUGGUGCGCGGCACGCAAGCACAAGAUCUCUUCAACCAAAUUAUGGGCAAGACGCUAACGCUAAUGAUUAAAAAUUUGGAGACCAAUAUACAGGACUGCUUCGACACGAUUGCCAUGUUUCUUUGCAUACAAUUAAUAUUCCGUUAUCAACUAAUGUGUCACAAACGCUGCGUGCCCGCUUUGGAUAAAUACUGGGACUCAUUGCAAGCUGCGAUUUGGCCACGUUUUGAUCAUGUAUUCCGUUUAAAUAUACAAAGCAUACGUGAUUGUGAUCCUACGAAAUUCAGCAAGGAAAUGGGACCACAUUAUAUAACGCGCCGUUAUGCCGAGUUUUCCGCCGCUAUUGUAGGCAUCUCGGAGCAUUUCCCCAACGAGCUUGUCAGCCGUUUACUGCUCGAAUUGCAAAAUGAAGUGGAAUGUUUCAUACUGCGUAUGGCCGCCAUUUUUCUCACACGCAAAGAACAAUUGAUCUAUCUUAUAAACAAUUACGAUUUGGUGCUCGGUGUGCUGAUGGAACAUACACGCGACAACUCCAAAGAAGCCGAAUCUUUCCGCGAACAAUUGAAUGCACGUAGCGCCGAGUAUGUGGAAGAAAUAUUAGCGCCACACUUUGGUGGCAUCAUACAAUUUGUGAAAGAGUGUGAACACUACUUCGAAAAGGAACAAAUAGAUGAAUUGCGCAAACAGGAGCGACGUAGUCUGGCGUUAGUGGCUAGUUUCUCAGCCAAUUGGAAAAAGUCACUGGAGGAGUUAAAUCGCGAAGUAUUACUCUCAUUCCCAUCACUACUUACCGGCUCCCAACUGCUACAACUUGCAUUGGCAAGUCUUGUGCAGUACUACCAUCGUUUCCACAAGUUGCUAACACCGAACGCGCGUACACAAUUGACAAAUAUACAUGUAGUAAUGGUGGAAAUUAAAAAAUAUAAAAGUAAUUAUUAAUUUAAACAACGCACACGAGUUACACACGUGAAAUUAGUGAAAUGCAAAAUAAAACAUUCCAAUAGUUAUAUUUAAA